GGCGCAGUGCCACUUAGGAUGGAAGUUGUGGGUUUUCUGUGCUUGGCAGCGGCGAUCCUCGCAUGGGGCUUCCUCUGGGUUUGGGACUCCUGGGAAAGAAUGAAGAGUCAGGAGCCGGCUGGCGUCCCGGGAGAUGGAAGCAGGACCCUCCUGGUGAUCGCGCACCCCGACGAUGAAGCCAUGUUCUUUGCUCCCACUGUGCUAGGCUUGGCCCGCCUGAGGCACCGGCUGUCCUUGCUCUGCUUCUCCGCAGGAAAUUACUACAAUCAAGGGGAGGUGCGUAAGAAAGAACUUUUGCAGAGCUGUGAUGUUUUGGGGAUUCCAUCCUCCAGUAUAAUGAUUAUUGACAACAGGGACUUCCCAGAUGACCCAGAUGUGCAGUGGGACACAGAGCGUGUGGCCAGCAUCCUUCUCCAGCACAUAGAUGCGAAUGGCAUCAACCUGGUGGUGACUUUCGAUGCAGGGGGAGUCAGUGGUCACUGCAAUCACGUUGCUCUGUAUGCGGCCGUGAGGACCCUGCACUCAGAAGGGAAGUUACCUAACGGGUGUUCUGUGCUCACGCUUCAGUCAGUGAAUGUGUUGCGCAAGUACAUCUCCCUUCUGGACCUGCCCUUUUCUCUGCUUCACACCCGGGAUGUCCUCUUCGUGCUCACCAGCAAAGAAGUGGCACGGGCCAAGAGAGCCAUGUCCUGCCACCGAAGCCAACUGCUCUGGUUCCGCCGCCUCUACGUGCUCUUCUCUAGGUACAUGAGAAUCAACUCCCUGCACUUCCUCUGAAGCCUGGCGGAGUCUUCUGGUCCAAGGAACACGGGGAGAAGCAAAGACCGGGAAGCCUAAGCCGGCUGAGCAGCCUGAACCAAAGGAGAGCCCGGUGUGUGUACGGGAGGCCUUCCUUCCAGAGCUCUGCCGAUCCGCGCUGUGAGGCUCCAGCAAAGGGGCGGCCGUGCAGGCCAGUGGGUUGCCCCAACGUCCGCUUCUUCCUCCGCAGCAGGCCAAACCAAACCAACCCCAGGACAAUAAUCGCUUCCCUGCCAGGUUCUCAAGUGCUGGAAAACAGGCUCCAUAAUGGCACAAUGUAUGUCUGACACCUAGCACAGAGCCUGCUAUGAUUAUAAAUGCUCCUGAAAGUACUCUGAAAUCACUCCACAGGUGCCACGAUGCUGUAUUUUUAUGUUGUUUCCAAAGCUGGCUCACCACACACACACGAACAGUCUAGAUACUGAAUGAGUUCAACCAUGAUUCCUUUGAUUCACACUGUGGCCUCUGUAUCAGAUUUGAAUCCAGGGGAGACUUCUCUAUUUAACAUCACUAGUCGUUAAAUUGACUGGGGCUCCCAAAGUCUGACCACGUUGCCCAGCAUUUCCUACUGAGACUAUUAGGAUGUGGGCCCUGCACCGAAGGAGCUUACAAUCAAAUAUCUCAGCUCCCAGUCUUUUGAGGGAAGCAGGAAAUAGGACGGGAAAUCUGGAAGUCAUGUGUGUGGGGUUUUUUUGUUUUUGUCUUUUUUUAACACUCAAAAAACUGAUGUCUUAAAAUUGUGCUACAGACAAAAGCAGUCUGAGGCAUCUGGCUUGGAAGCUACGCCCGUGGUCCAGCUAACAGCCCAGGGAAGUGGCCUGAGGCAGGCAAGCUCAGCGGUCAAGGGCACAGGCUUCACAUACUGGUAUGAGGCCAGAUUUACCAGCCACGUAGCCACGGACAAGGUGUUUAAACUUUCUCUGACUCAAUUCUCUUGUGUGCAAAAUGGAGCACAAUCAUGGUACCAACCUGAGAGGAGAUGAAGCCUGGUGGGCGCCCAGUGAAGGGUCUGGCGCGCAGUCAGGGCUCAGGAAGGAUGAGCGGCUGGUGUUCUGAGAUCUACAGAAUACGCAGGCCUAGCGCAGAGGGACUCGCAGAAGUUGAAGUCCUGACACAAAAGGCCCCUGGUAUGUGUUGUCCAGGGAGUAUCGUCUCCGCCCGUUGGAGGAAGGCCUGCAUUGCUGUCUCUAUAGCAACAGGUUAUUUUUUUUUAAGAUUUUAUUUAUUUAUUCGACAGAGAGAGACACAGCAAGAGAGGGGACACAAGCAGGGGGAGCGGGAGAGGGAGAACCGGACUCCCCACUGAGCAGGGAGCCCGAUGCAGGGCUCAGUAGCAGUAGGUUAGAGACGUCCUCUCUCGAAUGCCUCCUAGGGGCCAAAUGGGCCUGACCGAGCUAUCAGGCCCUGAAGCUAGAGUCAAAAUGCAAGUCCAGUUAUGUUAUCUGCCUACUGAAAAUCUGUCAAUAGCUCCUAAUAGCUUCCAUAGAAACUGUGAGAAAAAAGCAGCCGCUGAUGCUAGGUUGGGGGUGGGACGACAAGCUGCCUCCCGUCCUGUUCCUGAGAAUACAGGCACUGGACCAGCCUCUCCGGACUGCAAGUCGCAAUAUGUAUUAAGAGCUUAUAAAAAAAAAAAAAAGAAAAGAAAAGAGCUUAUAAAAUACCCAAACCCUGUGACCUAAGGAAAUACUUUAAAAAUUAAAAUUAUAAUUAUAUAUACAGACAUCAUCACAGUAUUAUUUAUAAUAACACAAUUUGAAAAAUCCAGGGAUGCAAUCAUAUUUAGUAACAAGGAAGAGUGUUUAUGAUGUAGUAAAUUUUAGAAAGCAGGUUAGGAAUGGUACAAUCUCGGGCGCCUGGGUGGCUCAGUCGUUAAGCGUCUGCCUUCAGCUCAGGUCAUGAUCCCAGGGUCCUGGGAUCGAGCCCCACAUCGGGCUCCCUGCUCCGCGGGAAGUCC